GGGUGGCGUCAUCAGUGCCCGACAGCCCAGGAAGGCUUCCGCUCAGGAGCCUCGGGCCAUGGCGGAGCAGAUCCCCCUGCACCCCGUGCGCUGCCCGGCCAACCGCAAACGCGCGGCCUUCCUCAGUGCGCCGGGGCCCGGGUCCGAGCGGCCCCGCAGGUUUCUGCUGGAAGACGAGUCUGCACACCUGGACGAGAUGCCCCUGAUGAUGUGUGAGGGGGGCUUUGAGAAUGAGGAGAGCGACUACCAGACGCUGCCCCGUGCCCGGGCGGCUCGCAGACCCAGGGGGCUGACCAGGCUGCUCUGCGGCCUCUGGAAGCUGCUGUGCACCAACUGCUGUGACUGCCUAGUAAAUGUCUGCCGAAGAAAGAAAGAGCUAAAAGCUCGAACAGUGUGGCUUGGGUGUCCUGAAAAGUGUGAGGAGAAGCAUCCCAGGAACGCGAUAAAGAACCAGAAGUACAACAUAUUCACAUUUGUGCCUGGGGUCCUGUAUGAACAGUUCAAGUUCUUCUUGAACCUCUACUUCCUGGUCGUGUCCUGCUCUCAGUUCGUGCCGGCCCUGAAGAUCGGCUACCUGUACACCUACUGGGCGCCUCUGGGAUUUGUUCUGGCCGUGACCAUAAUCAGGGAGGCCAUCGACGAGUGCCGGCGUUUCCAGCGGGACAAGGAAGUGAACGGCCAGUCGUACACCAAGCUGACGGCCAGAGGCAGAGUGCAGGUGCAGAGCUCGGACAUCCAGGUCGGGGACCUCAUCCUCGUGGAGAAGAAUCAAAGAAUCCCGUCUGACAUGAUAUUUCUCAGGACAUCAGAAAAAGCGGGCUCCUGCUUCAUCCGCACUGACCAGCUGGAUGGAGAGACGGACUGGAAGCUGAAGGCGGCCGUGAGCUGCACGCAGAGGCUGCCUGCCAUGGCGGACCUGUUCUCCAUCCGCGCCUACGUGUGCGCCCAGAAGCCCCAGAUGGACAUCCACAGCUUCGAAGGCACCUUCACCAGGGAGGACAGCGACCCGCCUGUCCACGAGAGUCUCAGCAUUGAAAACACGCUGUGGGCCAGCGCUGUGGUCGCCUCAGGUACGGUCCUAGGUGUGGUCAUUUACACGGGACAGGAGACUCGAAGUGUGAUGAAUACGUCCCACCCCAAAAACAAGGUGGGCCUGCUGGACCUGGAGCUAAACCAACUGACCAAGGCUCUGUUCGUGGCGCUGGUGGUGCUGUCCCUGGUCAUGGUGGCCCUGCAGGGCUUUGUGGGCCCCUGGUACCGCAGCCUCUUCCGCUUCCUCCUGCUCUUCUCCUACAUCAUCCCCAUCAGCCUGCGUGUGAACCUGGACAUGGGCAAGGCGGCAUGUGGCUGGAUGAUCAUGAGGGACCAGAGCAUCCCCGGCACCGUGGUGCGGACCAGCACCAUCCCCGAGGAACUGGGCCGGCUGGUGUACCUGCUGACCGACAAGACAGGGACCCUCACCCAGAAUGAGAUGGUGUUCAAGCGUCUGCACCUGGGCGCCGUGUCAUACAGCACAGACAGCAUGGACGAGGUCCAGGGUCACCUGCGCCAGGCCUAUGCACAGGCCAGUGCUGGUGGUGGCACCCCGCCCAGGAAGGCGGCCCCCUCGGGCCCCAGGGUUCGUAGGAGCGUGGGCAGCCGAGUGCAGGAGGCUGUGAGGGCCAUCGCCCUGUGUCACAAUGUCACACCCGUGUAUGAGGCCCGUCCCGGCCUCAGCAGGGACCCUGAGCAGGCAGAGGCGGACCAGGACCUGAGUGACCAGAACCGCAGCUACCAGGCAUCCAGCCCUGACGAGGUGGCCCUGGUGCGCUGGACAGAGAGCGUGGGCCUCACCCUCGUCAGCAGAGACCUGGGCUCCAUGCAGCUGCGGACACCUGGCGGCCACAUCCUGACCUUCUGCGUGCUACAGCUGUUCCCCUUCACAUCUGAGACCAAGCGCAUGGGCAUCAUCGUCAGGGAUGAGGCCACCGCAGAGAUCACCUUCUAUGUGAAGGGCGCAGACGUGGCCAUGGCCCCCAUCGUGCAGUACAACGACUGGCUGGACGAGGAGUGCGGGAACAUGGCCCGAGAGGGCCUGCGGACGCUCGUGGUGGCCAAGCGGACCCUCACAGAGGAGCAGUACCAGGACUUCGAGAGCCGCUACACGCAGGCCAGGCUGAGCCUGCACGACCGCGCACUCAAGGUGGCUGCCGUGGUGGAGAGCCUGGAGCGUGAGAUGGAGCUGCUCUGCCUCACCGGCGUCGAGGACCAACUGCAGGCCGAUGUGCGGCCCACCCUAGAGCUGCUGCGCAAUGCUGGCAUCAAGAUCUGGAUGCUGACUGGGGACAAGCUGGAGACGGCCACGUGCAUCGCCAAGAGCUCACACCUGGUGUCCCGCACCCAGGACACACACGUCUUCAGGCCGGUCACCACCAGGGGCGAGGCCCACCUGGAACUCAACGCCUUCCGGAGGAAGCAGGACUGCGCUCUGGUCAUCUCUGGAGACUCGCUGGAGGUCUGCCUGCGCUACUACGAGCAUGAGCUGGUGGAGCUGGCCUGCCAGUGCCCGGCCGUGGUCUGCGGACGCUGCUCCCCUACCCAGAAGGCUCACAUCGCCGGGCUGCUGCAGCGCACAGGCCGGCGCACCUGUGCCAUCGGUGACGGUGGGAAUGACGUCAGCAUGAUCCAGGCAGCGGACUGCGGUAUUGGCAUUGAGGGCAAGGAGGGUCGGCAGGCAUCGCUGGCGGCCGACUUCUCCAUCCGGCAGUUCCGCCACAUUGGCCGCCUGCUCGUGGUGCAUGGACGCAGCAGCUACAAGCGUUCGGCCGCCCUCGGCCAGUUUGUCAUGCACCGCGGCCUGGUCAUCUCCACCAUGCAGGCUGUGUUCUCCUCUGUCUUCUACUUUGCAUCCGUCCCCCUGUACCAGGGCUUCCUCAUGGUGGGGUACGCCACCGUGUACACCAUGUUCCCCGUCUUCUCUCUGGUGCUGGACCGAGACGUGGAGCCUGACGUGGCUCUGCUCUACCCUGAGCUCUACAAGGACCUCACCAAGGGCCGGUCUUUGUCCUACAAGACCUUUCUCACCUGGGUGCUUGUCAGUAUCUACCAAGGCGGCACCCUCAUGCUGGGCGCCCUGCUGCUGUUCGAGAGUGAGUUUGUGCACGUGGUGGCCAUCUCGUUCACGGCGCUGGUGCUGACCGAGCUGCUCAUGGUGGCGCUCACCGUGCGCACGUGGCACUGGCUCAUGGCGGGCGCCGAGCUGCUCAGCCUGGGCUGCUAUGUGGCCUCGCUCGCCUUUCUCAAUGAAUACUUUGACGUGGCUUUCAUCACCACGGCCGCCUUCCUGUGGAAGGUGUCGGCCAUCACGCUGGUGAGCUGCCUGCCUCUCUACGUGCUCAAGCUGCUCAAGCGUCGGCUGUCGCCCCCCAGCUACUCCAAGUUGCGCCCUUAGCUGCAUCACGCGCCCCGCCCUGCCCCCGCCCCGCCAAUAAAACCUGGA